GCAAAGAGCAGACUGAGAAACACAGUAAAUUCACACCUAAAGAGGAUACAGAGAAACUUGUGGAGGUUUAUUAUUGCUACUCAAAUGUAUUUUGUCAAGAGUUUCCUGCUGUGUCUAUCUGUGGCUCAAGUGUGGUGUGCAACAUCCACUAAUACUCCUCCAACUCAAAUGUCAACCACUGCCAUAAGAACCACUCCAGCUCCAACCACGCCAUCACCACCUCUCGAUGUUCAAAAUGUCAGCGUUGUAGGCCGCAAGGAGACUGCGAUAACUCUGCAGUGGGAGAAGGUGUCCAGUGAUCCCACUUACAAUUACACACUGAAGUACAGAAAUGGUACUGUGAUCGGUAGCAUCACUGGACAGGGAGCUGGGGCAGUACAUUAUACAGUCUCACCGCUCUCUCCUGGGACUCAGUAUGACUUUACUCUCUUCACUGUGUCUGGGAAUUUGAUGAGCUCUGGAUACAAUUUCUCUGAAGUCACAACACCUCUCGAUGUUCAAAAUGUCAGCGUUGUAGGCCGCAAUGAGACUGCGAUAACUCUGCAGUGGGAGAAGGUGUCCAGUGAUCCCACUUAUAAUUACACAUUGAAGUACAGAAAUGGUACUGUGAUCGGUAGCACCACUGGACAGGGAGAUGGGCCAGUACAUUAUACAGUCUCACCGCUCUCUCCUGGGACUCAGUAUGACUUUACUCUCUUCACUGUGUUUGAGGGUGUGCAAAGCUCUGGACACAAUUUCUCUGAAGUCACAACACCUCUCGAUGUUCAAAAUGUCAGAGUUGUAGGCCGCAAUGAGACUGCAAUAACUCUGCAGUGGGAGAAGGUGUCCAGUGAUCCCACUUACAAUUACACACUGAAGUACAGAAAUGGUACCGUGGUCGGUAGCACCACUGGACAGGGAGCUGGGGCAGUACAUUAUACAGUCUCACCGCUCUCUCCUGGGACUCAGUAUGACUUUACUCUCUUCACUGUGUUUGAGGGUGUGCAAAGCUCUGGACACAAUUUCUCUCAAGUCACAACACCUCUCGAUGUUCAAAAUGUCAGAGUUGUAGGCCGCAAUGAGACUGCAAUAACUCUGCAGUGGGAGAAGGUGUCCAGUGAUCCCACUUACAAUUACACACUGAAGUACAGAAAUGGUACCGUGGUCGGUAGCACCACUGGACAGGGAGCUGGGGCAGUACAUUAUACAGUCUCACUGCUCUCUCCUGGGACUCAGUAUGACUUUACUCUCUUCACUGUGUUUGAGGGUGUGCAAAGCUCUGGACACAAUUUCUUUCAAGUCACAAGACCUCACCGUGUUAGGGAUGUUGAAGUGGAAGACCGCAGUGAGACUAAGUUUACUCUGCAGUGGCCAAGGGUGUCCAAUAACCCCUCCUACAAGUACAGACUGACAUACAGCAAUCGUACACAUAUUGCUAACAUCAGUGAGACAAUGGAUGUACAAGUGAAAUACACAGUCUCAGAGCUCUCUCCUGGGACAAAAUAUGACUUCAUGCUUUUCACUGUGUUUGAGGGUGUGGAAAGCACUAAUCAAAACUUUGCUGCAGCCACAACUAUCAACUGUGCCAAUUCAAACUGGAUAAUCACUAAUACAACUGUUGAGGCUGAGAUCCAUGGAGCGUUCUCCACUGCUACUGCAACCAAUGGGACCAAAGUAGUUGAUGGCACUGUAGGCAGUAGCAAGGUGCUGUUCACUGGACUGUAUCCAGGCAGCUCCUACAAUGUGUCACUCUUUUUGCUCUUGAACUCAAGGAACUUCACACAAUGUGGUCAUACUCUAACACUGGUUCCUCCCUUGGUGACAGGCCUAAAAUGCGACUAUGCAUCAGGAGGCUACAGUUUAUCUCUGUCAUGGGCUGCACCGCAGGGUGUGUGGACACAAGUGGAGAUACAGGUUUCAGACCAAAGCCAUAAUGUGACUGGGACACAGACGCACACCAUCAUUAAUGGUUUACAACCAGCCCACACAUACCACCUGACUGUGAAUUCAGUCUCUGGAAACCAGCGGAGUGGUCCUGUGGAAAAAUCUUGUUUGACUGACCCAAAGGGAGUUAUUGCAGGGUCAGUGAUGGCAGUCCUGUUACUUGCCUUUGUGGCGUUUCUUGUCGUCUUCAUUUUGCGUCGCAAACCAGAGUUGCUCAGUCCGAAGUUGUUUGUGGAAUCCAAAAUAUCCAGUGACAACUUCAAACCUAUUCCAGCAGGGAAGUUUGAAGCCCACUUCAAUGAAAUGAGCUGUGAUCAGAACAGAGGAUUUGGAGAAGAAUAUGAGGACCUCAGCACUGUUGGCACAGAGCAGACCCGCAAAGCAGCUGAAAUCCCACAAAACAGAGACAAGAACCGCUUCAUCAACGUGCUCCCUUAUGACUGGUCUCGGGUGAAACUCACUACCAUAAAUGAUGAUUAUACCUCUGACUACAUCAAUGCCAACUACAUGCCUGGCUAUGGCAACAAUGCUAGGCAGUACAUAGCUGCUCAGGGUCCUCUCCCAUCCACAGUGAAUGAUUUCUGGAGGAUGAUUUGGGAACAGAGAGUGCAAGGUGUAGUCAUGUUGACCAACUGCAUUGAAAGUGGGAAGGUUAAGUGUGAACAAUACUGGCCUCUGGACUACUCUCCCUGUACAUACGGAGAUGUGUCAGUCAGGAUCUCCUCUGAGCAGAAGGAAAGCAACUGGACCCUGCGAGAGUUUGAGGUCACGAAUAGGGCUGUGUCUGAAGUCCGGCUGGUUAAACACUUCCACUUCACUGCCUGGCCAGACCAUGGAGUUCCAGAUGGGACUUCGGCGCUGAUCCAGUUCAGGGGGCUUGUCCGCAACCACAUAGAGAGCUGUGGUUCUGUUGGACCUACGGUGGUGCACUGCAGUGCAGGUGUGGGCCGGACAGGUACCCUAAUUGCCCUUGAUGUGACACUGCAGCAGCUGGAAAAGGAGAGGGUAGUGGGCCUUGCUGCCUUCGUACACAAGAUGAGACUGAACCGUCCCCUCAUGGUGCAGACCGAGUGUCAAUACGUCUUUCUGCAUCAGUGCAUCAUGGACUCCCUCAAGCCCAAACAGAAGAUACCAGAACAGCCCCUAUAUGAAAAUGUUGACAUGAUGUAUGUCAAUGCCGUGGCACUUAAAGAGUUUCAAGCAGAGAAUGGACAGACCUAAAGAUUACACUGUGCACUACCCUGUACAGGCCACUUACAAUCCCA